GGCUCAAAGCCUUGUUAUUUGGGAGAGGAGGGAGAGGAGAAGGAGAAGCAGAGGAAGUAAGAGAAAGCGUAGGGAAUUCUUGGGGUGGGGAAAAGGAGAGGCAGAGGAAGUAGGACAAAUACGGCGGAAACAGAGAAGGAGCCGUCGGUGACAAGUUCUAGCCUUAUUGGACGAGGACCUGGCGAUCCAUUGCCCCGCAGCCAAGCUCCUCUGCCAAGACCUUCCCUCAACCGAAGUCAAGGAGGAAAAUCUGUCCAUAAAAAACCCAAUCUUCUCUUCUCCCUUCUGCUUGUCCUUGCCGUGGAAUCUUACACUGUUUCUGAGGCUUUUUUCUUUUUUUGUGAAUGUUCCGUCGUAAAUUUCUCCAUCUUGGGAUCUCGAGAACCCGUGCUAGUCUUGGAAGAAGUAGAAAGAAUGGGUCGUGGCGUCCAUCCAGGGUACUGGAACAUCCAGGGCCGAGGCAAACUAGCCAUCUGCCGCCACCUGUUCGAUCAAAUUUCUCAACCAGACCUGCCCACUUGGAACUGCAUUCUGGCAGCCUACGCUCGCUGCCCUAAUGGCGCUGAGAGCAACGGCUCUCUGGCAUGGAGACCCUCUUUCUCUUUCAAAGAUUGCAGCUUUCUUCGACUCGGCCCAACGAGAUCUCUCUUGUGGCUUUGAUCAGCGCUUGCGGUGAUUUGGGGGCUCUGAGUUAAGGCCUGUGGGCACAUGCUUACGUUGAGAGGAACGAUUUAGUUUGUGAAUUUUUUUUGUGGGCACAGCUUUGGUCCAUAUGGAUUCGAAAUGUGGGCGAUUGGAUCUUGCGGAGCAAGUGUUUGCUGGUUUGCCUGAGAAAGAUACGCACUGCUAUAAUGCGAUGAUUCGUGGGCUUGCAAUUCAUGGGCACGAGCGGCAUGUGAUUGGUUUGUUUGAUAAGAUGUAAGUGAGGGGGUGGCGGUCGAUGUUUUGAUAGAAUGCAGACGCAUUUUGGGAUUGUACCCAAAAUUGAGCAUUAUUGAUGCUUAUUGAACGUUUUGAGCCGAGCAGGGCGGCUUGAGAAAACUGAGUAAGUGAUGCACGCGUGCAUGCAAGGGCGAUGCACCCAUGCAAACAUGCAUGUAUGCAUGCACAUGCAUGUGCUGAGACGUGCAUAUGGUGGACUAUAUGUUAUAUAUUUAUGUUAUUUCUCAAGGUUAAAAGCCUUGUUUUCUCAUUAUUUCUAGUUGAUAUAUUUAUGCUAUUCACGUAAUGGAAGACAACAGUUGAGGGGGCCGGUCCUAUAACUUUCUCCAAGAAAAGAGGGGAAGGGAGCAGAGAGAGAUGGCAGGCGAGUUGGAACAAACAGACGUCAGUAUCUACAGCAAUUGGAAGAACCGCACGAUGUUGAGCCAAUUCCUUCGGCCCAAGGUGCUUGGCGUAUCCCUCGUCGGCACGACUGACCUCAAGGAGGUGGACGUCUUCAUGCACCACCCUGCAGAGAUCUUUGGGUCCGAGCCUGGGUGGAAGCAUAAGUUUUUCUUCACCAAUCCGCUUCGGAAUCCACCCAGAGAAAGGUUCGGAUACUGGAUGGGUUUCAGACGGCGUGAGAUCAUCAAGGAGAACGACGGCAAGCCCAUCGGAUUCACGCAACAGUAUGUCUUCUACGAGCGGAUGUACGUUUUCCCCAGCAAGAGAACCAAAUGGCACUUGAAUGUCUACUGGAUAUUUGAUGACAACAAGAAGGUGGCGGCUUGGCUUCUGUGUGAAUUGUUCCAAAAGAAUGUUGCGGAAAAAAAAGACUCGGAAGCUUUCCCUGGUGUCAACCCAACGCUGGGCGGUGACCAGCUUCCGGAAUCCAUCUUUCUUCCUGCGGCCGAACUGGAGCAACUGGAGCGGGAUCAUGGCAGCUCACCAGGGUCAUCGGCGAGAGAGGAGGUCAAUCAGCCAACGCCAAGUGCGAGCGAUGGUGGUCAAGGUGACUCAAGUGCAUAUAUGGCCUUUUGAAUGGAAGGAAUUCAUCGACAACCCACCGAACUCAUAUAGAGUCCUGUGUCUUGUAGCCUUUUGAAUGGAGUCCUCUUCUCUCUGGAAUGGUUAAAUAUGGCCUUGCUUGUAUCAGAACUGAGAGCAUGUUUUGAUCUGCAAGUUGAUUCGAGAGGAUUUUCUGGAUGCAUUGUAUUCUGUGGCAAGGUUUUUAAUUUGAUCCUAUCGACCUUGGACCAUAUCAA